AGAGCAGAUGCAGGUGAGUCAAGGGACGUCCUGCAGCUCCCAAGCCCUGCCAGCCACUCCUUCAGAGCCCAGCACUCACCCCUAGGAGCCCCUGGCUAAGGGCUGUGGUACUUCCUCUACCGACUGCUGUCAGUCCCCAUCUGUGGGGAUCUGAGAGUCAGGAUCCUGAUGCCAUCCUGUGGAGAUACAUGGCCAGCUCUCGAGAGGCGCAGGAACAGCUUGGCGUUGGGCACUCCAGCACGGACCUCCGACUUCCCGUUUCUUGCCAGCGCAAAGUGACUUUUCCUCCGUGUUCUUUGCGUUGCCUUGGUGGUAGCCGCUUGGCCUCCUCUUCUUUCACCGUCCACGAUGGUGAGGUGGUUUCACCGUGACCUGAGUGGGCUGGAAGCUGAAGCUUUGCUGAAGGGACGAGGUGUCCAUGGGAGCUUUUUGGCCAGACCCAGCCGGAGGAAUCAGGGGGAUUUCUCUCUUUCCGUCCGGGUUGGUGAUCAGGUAACCCACAUCCGCAUCCAGAACACUGGGGAUUUCUAUGACCUGUACGGAGGGGAGAAGUUUGCCACCUUGUCGGAACUGGUGGAGUACUACACACAGCAACAGGGCUCGUUGCAGGACAAAGAUGGAACCAUCAUUGACUUGCGAUAUCCGCUCAACUGUUCUGACCCCACUACAGAGAGGUGGUACCACGGGCAUCUGUCAGGCUCUGCAGCUGAGUCACUUCUCCAGGCCAAAGCCACCCCUUGGACCUUCUUGGUGCGCGAGAGCCUCAGCAAACCUGGGGAUUUUGUCUUGUCCGUGCUCACUGACCAGCUGAAACCCGGGUCUGAUGCUGCCUCAGGUGGGGCAGCCAGUGCCUCUGGGGCCCGGCUCAAAGUCACCCACAUCAAGAUCAUGUGUCAGAGUGGCCGCUACACCGUUGGAGGUGCCGAAACAUUCGACAGCUUGGCGGAUCUGGUGGAGCACUUCAAGAAGACUGGAAUUGAGGAGGUGUCUGGUUCCUUUGUGUACCUGAAGCAGCCCUACUAUGCUACGAGGGUGAAUGCUGCUGACAUUGAGAAUAGAGUGCAGGAACUGAACAAGGAGUGUGUAUCUGAGGAGACAUCCAAGGCUGGAUUCCGGGAGGAGUUUGAUGGUCUUCAAAAACAAGAAGCCAAGCAGCUAUUUGACCGUCAUGAGGGUCAGAGGCCUGAAAACAAGAGCAAGAACCGAUACAAGAACAUCUUGCCCUUUGAUCACUCCAGAGUCAUCCUCCAAGGAAGGGACCCAAAUAUACCUGGAUCUGACUAUAUCAAUGCCAACUAUGUCAAGAACAACCUGAUCAGCCCAGACGAGCGCACCAAGACCUACAUUGCUAGCCAGGGUUGCCUGGAUGCCACGGUCAAUGACUUCUGGCAGAUGGUGUGGCAGGAGAACACGCGCAUCAUUGUAAUGACCACCCGGGAGGUAGAAAAAGGGCGGAACAAAUGCGUGCCUUACUGGCCAGCGGUGGGCAACGUGAAGGAGUAUGGGCCCUACCUCGUGGAGAACACUGGGGAGCACGAUGCGCUGGAGUACAAACUCCGGCACCUCUGCGUGUGCCCGACGGAUAACGCUAAGGCUGUGCGUGAGAUCUGGCACUAUCAGUACCUGAGCUGGCCUGACCACGGUGUGCCCAGCGAGCCGGGAGGCGUGCUCAGCUUCCUUGAUCAAAUAAACCAGAAGCAAGAGAGCAUCCCAGAUGCAGGGCCUAUUCUGGUGCAUUGCAGUGCUGGGAUUGGCCGCACUGGGACUAUCAUCGUCAUUGAUAUGAUAGUGGAAACGAUCUCCACCAAGGGGUUGGACUGUGACAUUGACAUCCAGAAGACCAUCCAGAUGGUGAGGGCCCAACGCUCGGGGAUGGUGCAGACAGAGGCCCAAUACAAGUUCAUCUACAUGGCCAUUUGCCAGUUCAUAGAGACAACCAAGAAGAAGCUGGAAGUUAUCCAGUCUCAGAAAGGCAGGCCGAAUGAGUCUGAGUAUGGGAACAUUGCCUACCCCCCUGCAGCGAGGAAUGUGCACGCCAAGGCUUCACGAAAAUCCUCCAAGCAGAAAGAGGAGUCCACGGUUUAUGAGAACUUGGGGAAAAAGGAGGAGAAGGUGCGGAAACAGCGCUCCUCAGAGAAGAAGCUGAAGGGCUCACUAAAGAAGAAAUAAGCACACAUUGGUGGUAGUCCCCUGGCAGGGAGGUUGAACCUGGGGUGCAGGAGUAGAGCUCACGUCUGGGCUCCAUGCUGGCUUGUCUUGCAUUCCUUGCUCUUAGACUGCAGCUAGGCCUCCCCUUCUCUUCUGCAGCACCCUUCAGUGCCUUGAGCCAGACUGCUUUUCGGCUGGGCUGACUGACCUCUUUGUCCCUUGCCUGCAGAGGCUGGUGGAGUCUCCUGCUGCCCCUUUGUUAUUCAUUAACAGGAAAAAAAAAAUCACACUGUCUCUUUCCCUUGGUCUCUGAGCGCUGGGGCCCAAACUCAGCUCUGCUGUGUCAGCUUCAGGGCGCUUGUUGGGGAAUUGCUGAGGAAGCUCUUUGAGGGAGCUACUCUACCCACUGCUCUGAGUUAGAGUUUAGUCAGUUAUUGUUCCCUGGAGCCUCUGCUUUUAAAGUGUGGAGUUUUGGCCCAUUUCAGCUCAGCUCCUCUGCAAUUCAACAGGAAACUUCCACUUUCCUUAACACCAACCCUCUACCCUUUAUGUCCUUUAUAUCUCCUUUAUGGCCUUUGAUUGGAUGCUGUAAAUAUACCAGGAUUUGGUGUGAUGGUCGUGUUUUCCCCUUUGUAAAUAAACUUAUAUUUGUUUAAA